AUGAACGGUUUAACUUGUCUUGUGCUCCUUGCACUGUCCAUGGUCACUGUGGACGCCACGAUCCAUACGAUGUGCUUCAAUUACUUUUUGCACAAGGAUGGAUGUGUCAACGGUGCAGCAGGCAGCCAAUACCGAUGUGGAGCUAAGGCCAAAUAUCAAAGCAGUCCCGUCCCAGCAUUUGGAUUGCCGCCUAAACCUAAAAAAGGACAACACCCACUGCCUCAGGGACCCCACCACAAAGUCCCCGGCCGCCAAGGACCCGGCUACCAAAACGUCCCCGGGCGCCAAGGAAACCACCACAACGUCCCCGGGCGCCAUGGACAGCCAGGACACCACCCCAAGCAGGGACACCAUCCUCAGAAUCAGGGACAUCACACGAAGCCUCCGCUGGAGCGCCGAUACGACACCCAUAUAGAUAUCCCGAAGAUGAAUACUGGGCAUGGUAUCUGUGGAUAUUACGACACCAACAAAGUGGAUGGAGUAUGUCUGUGGAGCGGACCGGAGCAAACUAACCCCACCUUCGAAUCGGCCGGAUGGUUAAAUAGCCGCAAGGACUCCAACUGCCGCAAACAAGUAUACAUCCAAAGACGCAAUGACCCAAAGACCGUUCAUUACGUCCCAGUUCUUGAUGUCACCGAAGAACAAGGCUGCUUUGAAAUCGGAGUCACACGAUCGCUUGCCGCGAAGCUCGCAAUCUUCCCAAACGAAACCACUCCUCACUCCAACUUCCUUUAUGGCGGUUUCACAUGGGACUUCAACAACCCCACUGGGAGCCAAUCUUCAGCAGGCCCCGUCUAA